CGGCGCAACCAUCUUGUCUCUCGUGAGAACUGCCCAUCUCUCUCUCUCUCUCUCUCUCUCUCUCUCUCUCUCUCUCACGCCCGCCAAAGCGCAUGUGCGCAGGGUCGCUCGCUUUGGUCGCUGUGGCGUUGACGACGAUCUGUACUUCGCUGUAUAAUCUUCGUCAGACGGAGCUUGGUGACGUGGCGGCUGCAAAAGGCGAGCGAUCAGAUCGAUAGCGAUCCUGGUCUGGAGGUGGCACGACAGGUCUUCUGAUUGUCAAGUAUAGCCUUUGGUGGCGCGAAAGAGCACCAGCGCUUGGAGAGAGAGUGGGCGGCAACGAGCGACGAAUGACAAUUUGUCGAAGUUUGCGGGAGAUUGCAGAUGGGUCCCACCGACUGCGGUUAUAAGUCAUAUCUUGGCGGUCGGUGUACUUAAACCACUUCCUUCGUUAACUAUUUCCUCCUGUUGUAUAUGUUGCUUUGGGCCUGCUUGCGGACUGGGGCAAUCAAUGGGCUGUUGCGAUUUACAGAUCCGAAGUAGUGUAAGUUCUUGAGGGGUGGUGGUAGAUAGGGAUAAUCUUAGUCGCUGCGCUCAGUUGCCCGCCUGGUGAGGCCUGUUUUGCAUGUGGGUAUCGCCGAUUCCGGUGGGUGGGGUGGAAUUUGAGACCUAGUAAGUAUCAGCGAAUGCGUCCAGAAGACGCCACGUGUCUCCGUCUCGAUGAUGCCCGUCUGAAGGCGUCUCCCCACGUCUACUACUCUGGCUUCGAAGAGGUUUUCCUCCUCAAGGUGCGGUUCCUUUUCGCCCUUUUUUGUGUCAUUGACGUCAGGUAGCAUGCCCGCCGGCGCGCUCUGAGAACAAAAAAAAGGGCCUUAUUCGGUGUAUGCUUGCUUUCUUCUCAUCCGAGCAUAUCAUUAUCAUUCUGCGUUAUCCAAUGAAAAGGGCCUUAUUCGGUGUAUGCUUGCUUUCUUCUCAUCCGAGCAUAUCAUUAUCAUUCUGCGUUAUCCAAUGAUCGGAUAAUACUGUAAUAUACCCUUGUCCGUACUAACGAAUUCAACCAAUCGUUGUGGAACCUCUACCCCUGUCCGUACUAACGAAGUCAGGUCCGUUGGGAUCGGGACGCGACGCGGCGGGUUGCCGGCGUGAUCCUCUCCUCUCUCUCUCUCCCUCCAGGAGCAGAGCGAGGAGGAGAGCGCCAUGGGAGGUGACAUACGGACGAGCUUUUGAUGCGUGACACAAGAGAAGGAAGACGUGUUGUGGACGCGUGGUACAACAGAGAAGGACGGUAGAGGGAGAUCGUCGCGUGCCACUUGUUUUCAUUGAAUUCAUUCAUUUCUCCAUCUGGUUUCCAUCGAUUGUGUUCCUUUUCUGCUUGUUCUGUUUUUGUGUCUGGUAUAUUACGAUAUCGCCGUAAUCGCUGCUUGCUACCGGUAUCCCUUGCUGUCGAUCUCGAUCCAUACGGCUGCCGGUAUCCGGACCUCUGUGCAAUCGUAUGCGGUGAGCGGGUGAGUCACAGCUUGCCGCCGGGAUCCCUACGGCUUGUUUUUGUCCGUAGUUGUCCGGACGUACAUCUGGAGUCCAGCGAAGGUGUCGGCCUUUUCAUUCAGCUAGCGGCUUCAGCGGCAGAGUUUUUAUCUUUUUUUUUUUUUCCCCUGAUCAAAUGAGAGGGGGUAAGUCUGAUUACGCGUGUCGGCGUCUGCUGACAACGAUCCGCAGCAGAAGAUGAGAUAGAUAGAGAUAGAUAGAUAGAUAGAGAGAGAGAGAGAUAGAUAGAGAGAUAGAGAGAUAGAUAGAUAGAUAGAGAGAGAGAGAGAGAGAGAGAGAGAGAGAGAGAGAGAGAGAGAGAGAGAGAGAGAGAGAGAGAGAGAGCAAUUCGACCGGGUGUCCGUCGAAUUACCAUACUCUGAUUGGAUAAAAAGCCUGGGCAAAAAUCGUCGCUUGGAUCAAGUCCCGCCGGUGAGCUGAGGAGAGGAAGACGACGCUGCAUAGUUUUGGCAGAUUCUGUCUGAGAAGGCGAAAACGAAGUGAUUGAAUUGAUUGUGUUCUUGUGAGGGGGUCGAGCUGUAGCCGAUCUUGUUCAUUGCGUUUGGGUGAUUGGCUGUCUGUGAGGAUCGAAGGAAGGAGAAGGAGAGACGAGGACGACAGGAGGGAGAGGCAGGAUGGUCCUGGCCUUAGGCGCCGCGCAUAAUGCAUGGGGAUGGUAUCAACACCAGCUGGCGAAGAGGCCCAUGCGCACGCAGAUUGUGACAUCCGGCAUUCUCUGGGGUCUGGGAGAUGGAAUCGCCCAGCGCUUGGACGCUACGGUGGCCAUGGAGAAGAAGGUUAUCAAAGACGACCUUUGUUUAUCGUCUCCACAUCGUCGAGGAGAGAAGACCAAGGAACCAGAGUGGAUGAAUUGGCGGAGAUUGAUGACAACAAGUCUCUAUGGCGCUGCGUUCAUUGGACCUGUGGGUCAUCGCUGGUACGAAAGGUUGGACCUGAUUGUGACGCAGAACCUUUUGCUGAGGCCCAAUACCAUUAAUUUUAUUGCGGCAAAGUUGCUUGCGGAUACUUUGCUGUUCGGUCCUAUUCAUCUUGUUGCAUUUUUUGCGUUCACUGGACUCGCUGAAGGCAAGGCUGUCAGUCAGGUGAAGCGCGAAGUGGUCCGGGAUUUUGUCCCUGCAUUUCUUAUGGAGGGAACUUUCUGGCCCAUCGUUCAAGCAGCCAAUUUUCGGUUCGUUCCUGUGCGACACCAGUUGUUGUUUGUCAAUGCAUGUUGCCUUUUCGACAGCAUAUUUCUGUCCUGGUUAAAGCAUCAGGCAGAUGCUCCCUGGAAGAAAUGGCUGGCAUCCUCCUUCGGGGACAAGACAGCCACUGGGUGAGUGACCCUUGAUGACCUGUUGUUUCAAAACCGGCAGUACAAUGGCCAGGGCAGCUUGUAAAGUGAUUUGUGUGAAAUUCAAUGUCAAAAUUACAGUUCUGUUGUAGUGAAAAUUAAGAGGUAAUUGUGUACCGUAGGAGUCGGUCGGUUGUGUGUAAUGUUUGAAUGAAUGAUUGCUAUUGCCGAUGUGUUUAGGUAUCUGUUGAGAUGGGUGGAUGGAUGAAGUAUGGGUGCGUGGAUGGAUAUCUGUUGAGAUGGGUGGAUGGGUCUGUGGAUGGGUAAAAUUUAUAUGAGGCCUGGAGAAAUUUAAGCCCUCGUUUAUAGAUAGGCUGACCGUCAGGAACAAAGCGUAUUAGUAUGCGCAGUUCGUCCUGAUGGUUGGUGACAAGAGGGGUCACCAUUUAUGGAGGGUCUCCAUCGCGAUAGAUCUCAGAUUGAUGGAUGGGCAGGCGGGCGGAUGGACGGAUGGACGGAUGGAGGAUGGAGGAAAGGGUCAAGCGUUUAGGUGUGUAGGGUCUUGCAUAUGGAUGUGGUUUGCCCCCGUUCUUUUGUUUUCCUCUUUAUGGGUUUCAUCAUAGCAAUUUGCAGUUUGCCAAAUAAGGGGUCAGAUGAGGGUAGCUGUGUAGUCAUUGAAUAACAUGAUGACGGUUUUUUUUUUUUUUUUUUUUUUUUUUUUUUUUUUUUUUUUUUUUUUUUUUUUUUUUUUUUUUUUUUUUUUUUUUUUUUUUUUUUUCCAUUCAAUUGUUGAAUGAGCAAAACGUGUAUUUUGAUCUACUUUUCCAUUGAGCGAGGAGAGAGGUACUUGCCUGCGCUCCUUCACGUGGACGAAUUGAAAAUGUGUAAGUGAAUUGAAACUGGAAGCUUGUCUCGCGAGGUAAACUUUCUCUGCGUUUGCUUUGGUGAUGAGAUGGAAUUUGGAAACAGUCAUGGCAGGGAAUGACAAGUGAGGUGAUAUUCAUGUGUGUGUUUUGUGGAAUAUAGUCAUUUUGCUGGUACAAGUCUGAAUUCUGAGAGGUAAAAAAGAUUGAAUUUCAUUUGAUUUGGUGGUGGGUGCGAAGGAAAGGGCGCAGCGCAAACCUGCAUCACUGAAAUUCACUCGCGAAAGCUUGAAUAUG